CUUUCUUCCAUCCUCCGCUCACAUUGCUCUUUCCUUCGGUGGGAAAAUUCCUGCUGGAACAUCCACGGUGGAUUUGAACUCGGGAAUUGUAGUGGAAAAGUAGAAUUCUGCAAAACACGCCGGAGGAUUUCCUCGCAUGUUCUUCCUCACAUUGUUCAGAAAACCACCAUGUUGAUGUGGAUCAUGGCUUCCUGAUCAGAUCUUCCUGACCACUAUCUUCUCUAUCCCUGGACUCAUCAUUGGCUCAGUGAUGAACCACACACCUAGUCCCCACAUGACAGAGGCCGCCAAGUCUGGGGCAGGCUUGUUGUGCGGCCUGGGCCUGGGCCCAGAUCGGGUGCGCUCCCCGGACAGCCUGACCCACACACCCAGUCCUUCAGGGGGAACACCCAGUUCAAGCCCUCCUCUGCUGCUGUCUCCAGGGCUGGGCUGUGAUGGCGCUGGGGACUGGGAGAGCCGCGAGGAGCUGCGUCUGCGCGAGCUGGAGGAGGCUCGGGCACGAGCAGCUCAGAUGGAGAAGACAAUGCGCUGGUGGUCGGACUGUACGGCCAACUGGAGGGAGAAGUGGAGUAAGGUGCGGGCCGAACGCAACAGGGCACGGGAUGAGGUUAGGCAGUUGAGACAGCGUCUGGACGCCCUUACCAAAGAGCUGACAGGGGCACGACGGGAGCGGCAGGAACUGGCGGCGGAAAAUGAACAACUGCGUCUGGAAGCCCAAAGUGUCCGAGCUGAACAGAACUCCCCAGAGAGCGCUUCCACUGCACCAGCGUGCGUGAGAGAUGGGCCAGGCUCUCCAGAGCAGGAACCUGUGAGAGAUGGAAGCACUGACAAACUAGACAGGCAGAAGGAGGUGGAGUUAUUGGAGGCUCUUCUCAGGGCAAAGUCAGAGGCUCCAGACUCAUGGGACGUUCGCAGUGCCAGUAGCUUGCGCUCAGUUCUCAGUCGGCAGGACCGGAGCAGACUGCUGUGGGAGGAUCUGGCUUCCCUGGAGGAGGACUCCAGCAAGCUCAAUGUUCUCCAGCUACGCCUGGAUGAGUCCCAGAAAGUCCUGCUGAAAGAAAGAGAAGAUAAACACACACUCAUUAAGAACAUUGAGAAGCUGGAGGCAGAGCUGAGCCAAUGGAAACUCAAAUAUGAGGAACUGAACAAGAGCAAACAAGAGGCCGUAAAACAGCUGAAUUUUUUGAAGGAGGUGCAUCAGGAUGAGCUGGGCCGGAUGUCUGAAGAUCUGGAGGACGAGCUGGGAGCUCGCACCAGCAUGGACAAGAAACUGGCAGAGCUCCGUACAGAGAUGGAGCGUCUGCAGGUGGAGAAUGCAGCAGAGUGGGGUCGUCGGGAGCGGCUGGAGACGGAAAAGCUGGCUCUGGAGAGGGAAAACAAAAAGCUGCGCACCCAGAUGGAGGACCUGGAGGAGCAGCUGGCACGCAAGCGCAGGCAGGCCGCCAGCGCCCUGGACACUGACCUCAAGACCAUCCAGUGUGAGCUGUUUGAGAGGAACAAGGAGUUGGCAGAUUUGCGGCACGUCCACUCCAAGGUUAAAAAACAGUACCAGGAGAAGAUGGCUGAGCUAGCACAUGCUAACCGGCGUGUGGAACAGCAUGAGACAGAAGUUAAGAAACUCAGACUGAGGGUGGAGGAGCUGAAGAAAGAGCUGGGCCAGGCUGAAGAUGAGUUGGAUGAGGCUCAUAAUCAGACCAGAAAGCUACAGAGAUCCCUGGAUGAGCAGGUGGAGCAGUCAGAGAACCUACAAGUUCAGCUGGAGCACCUACAAUCCAGGCUAAGGCGUCAGCAGAAUCCUGGCCUCUUUGGCAAGAUGAUGACAUCAGCUUCAACGCGUUUUGGGCCUGAGGACGCAGACGGCCCCCAUAGUGACCCUGAUGAAGAUGAGGAAGAAGAACUGCAGCUUCAGAUCCCCUAAACUGUUCACUCCACACCUGGAAAUGGACGAAAGACUCGUAGAUCGUACCCAAACAUUUCACCUUCUCUUUCAUUCCAUCUCUCAGUUGAGUCCAGAAGAGGACACAGACUUCACAAUCCUCAGCAGACAGAUAAACACAGAGAUUUUUCAGUAGCCUGUUUUUGACAGCUUAUAAAGUGUGUGCCAGGGCUUUAAACGGUGUAUUAUGUCUCAAGUAAAAAAAAAUCUGCUUGCGUCUCCACUAAUAUAUUGCUGGUUACAGUCCUAGAUGGCACAUAGAUGAUUAAUAUAAGGAUACAGGUUCACAGAUUAUUAAUUGACCAAACUC